UAAUCAAGAACAGUUUAAUUCUUUCCUUUUUAUUAUCAAGAACAGUUUAAUUCUUCUUCUUUUUAUAUCAAGAACAGUUUUUAAUUCUUGUCUUCUUGAUUAUGAUUCUAAGCAAGAGACCUCAUCUAAUGAUCCGUAAACUGUCUGAGAUGUUGGUUCCAAGAAGCAGAUCUGCUGCCAUUAAACCGGAGGAGUACACGGCGAGUCCGAGAAGUCCCUUGGAUUUGAACUUCCCCUCACCGGUUAACUCGAAGCGGUUCGGUUCUGGUGGUGUCGGUUUGGGUAUCGUUGCUGCGUUGGAGGAAACUAGCAACGGGAUUAACCGGCACGAUCCGGUUCGCUACUCCGGGAGGUUCCGGUGUCCCGAGAUUGAUCUGUCGGAUGAGGAGGAAUACACUUAUGUCACGAGCCCAAACGGACCGACUAAAGUGUAUUACAACGACGACGGGUUUAAAUUGUGUGAAAAUGAUUAUCGGAGAGUGCAUAAACCGAUGGUUAUCGCCGAUGAACCACCGGUUAUUAAAAGACAGAGUUUUGGGGAUCCGACUGAGUUUCUGAGUUCAUGUUGCUUGUGUAAGAAGAAACUUCAAGGCAAAGACAUAUACAUGUACAAAGGAGAGAUGGGAUUUUGUAGUGCUGAAUGCAGAUCAGUGCAAAUAAUGAAUGACGAACGAAAAGAGCAAUGUAAGACGCAAGUUUCAAGGAACGUCGACGUUUCGACCUCUCCUUGCGCCGCCGGACAGACGUUAUCUGCCGGGAUAUUCGUAUUUUAGGAUCAUCACAAUUCACAAUAAUUCGAAGAGAAGUAUAUUUAAAAAAAAAAAAAAAGUGAUCAUCAUUCCAUUUUACCUUAAUAGAAGAAAAAAAAUUAGAAAAGAACAAAAAAAAGUGAAAUUUUUGGUUAGGUUUAAAGCACAUUGUAUAGAAGUUUGCUUUUUGUUAACUUUUAAUACCGAGUAAUGUUUAUGGCUUUUCCUCGGAAUCACAUAAACCAAUAAAAAUGCUAUAAAUAAUUUUGUGGAACAAGUAUGUAUAUAUGCCAUUGCCAACUUCUCAAUUCAUGUAUGAUGUAUCCAAAAUAUUGAAUCAAAUGAAAAUGUAAGAUUGCGCAUGA